AUGAAGGCUCUGAGGUACCACGGUCGAGGAGAUCUACGUCUAGACGAGAUUGACGAGCCGAUAUGUGGAGAGGAUCAAGUCAAGCUUAAACCUGAGUACGUUGGGAUUUGUGGGACUGAUCUGAAUGAAUACCUUAGCGGACCGUUCAUCAUACCAACUAGCGCCCAUCCCCUAACCGGAGAGCAGCUGCCGGUUACCUUAGGACACGAGAUUAGUGCAACAGUAACAGAGGUUGGUUCAAAAAUCACAGACAUUCAAAAGGGAGACAAGGUUGCUGUUUUCCCCUUACUGGCCGACAAUACCUGUGGGCCUUGUCAGCGUGGGCUCCCAAAUUGCUGUGCGAACUUCGGAUCCAUUGGGUUUUCUGGCGCUGGCGGCUUGUCAGAAUCUCUCGUUACCUCUCGAGGCAAUGUUCUGAAGUUACCUGCGGAUGUGAGCUUGGAGGCAGGUGCUCUAGCCGAACCUCUCACGGUCGCUUGGCACGCACUCAGCCGGAGCCCAUUCCAAAGAGGAGAUGACGCUCUCAUCGUAGGUGCUGGUCCUGUGGGUCUUGCCGUGAUCCAGGUCCUCAGAGCGCGAGGCGCGGGAAAGAUUCUCGUAUCAGAGCUGUCACCGCGUCGACAGGAACUCGCACAGCAUUUUGGAGCAGACUACAUUCUUGACCCGACAAACCCUGACACGGUACAGAUGUGUAAGACAUUGUGCAGCGGCGAAGGGCCAGCUCUGGUAUUCGAUGCCGCGGGGGUGCAGUCCGGUCUCGACCUAGCUUUGGCGGCGUCUCGAACUGGGGCGACAAUCGUAAACAUUGCAACGUGGAAAACCCAACCACUGAUCAGUUCUGUGCCCUUCAUAAUGGGAGAAAAGAAUUACAUCGGGACGAUGGUCUACGUGAAGGGGGAUUUUGACAAGGUGAUUGAGGCCAUGGGAUCUGGUGAGUCGAGUUCUGUUGACCUGUUGACAUUAUCCCUUGAAUAUAAAAAUGCUGGCAGGCGCUCUUCAGCCGACACCAAUGAUUACAGACGUAAUUCCACUGGACGAGGUCAUCGAAAAUGGGAUUCAGAAGCUUCUUUCUAG